UCUCCGGCUGAAUUUAUAACCUCUUUCGACUGGACGUCGGACGAAGGAACGUUCGGAUUCGGAACGGAAUAAAUCGUCUUUUCUCUGGAGUGGUCUUUCAUCUAAAAUGACGAAGGGUACGUCCAGCUUUGGUAAGCGUCGUAACAAGACGCACACGUUGUGCAGGCGAUGUGGACGUAGCUCUUACCACAUCCAGAAGUCGCAAUGCGCGCAGUGUGGCUACCCGGCUAAGAAGAUGCGUUCGUAUAACUGGUCGAUCAAGGCGAAAAGGAGGAAGACCACCGGCACUGGCCGCAUGCGUUAUCUUAAGAUCGUGCGCCGUAAAUUCAAGAAUGGAUUCAGGGAAGGCUUGCCAAAACCUAAAGCUGUUGCAGCUAAGUAAUAGCAUCAAUACCCUGUCUCAUUGUCUAAUUAAGUUGUACAAUUUUGACUAUCAAUAAAAAAUCGAAAACAUCUGAUCACAA